AUGUCAUCAUUGAAAAUGGGCCAAAGUUACCGCAUGGAAAUAAAUACUGGAAGCAAUACAAGUCGGUUACAAGCCACACAACUCCCGCCUGAUACGAAAUACACAGGCGCCGUGGUAUCGCGGCGGGAACUUACCGGGACCCACAGAACUAUUGUGGAGUUCCCGGCAUUUGAUGAAUGGAUGGAUACACACCAUUCAUUUCUUUGCCAAAGCUCGACGAGCCCAGAGACGAGACGACGAGAGAGCUAUGGGCAUGUGGAUGCCGCGAGGUGUUCAAUGCUCGUUCUUGCAGGGCUGGAUCAAGAACGAGCAUUGCAGGGCUGGAUCGGGAUCCUUGAAGCUGGCAGGGAGGAGAGGUUGACAUGUAACAGCUACAGUAUCCUUCUGACCAUGACGAUAUGUGGGUGUAGGUGGGUGUAG